AGUAUGCGAGAAUCGGAGGUCCCCAAAUCCCAGACAGAGCCAUGAAGAAGCGUCGCAUAACCCGCUCAGUUGAAGAUUCACAGGCUGGAGAUGGAGAUAGAGAUGGAGAUGGAUUGGCAACCCGUUUUGGCUUCCGCAUUGCGUUGCUAACAGAAGCCCAGAAGCAGCAGGCUUGCCACGCGCGGCUCCUCAAAGAUUUGGUGGCACCCCUGCUGGCGCUAAUUGCUGGAUUCGGAAUGAUCGGCACAAGCGCCGCCGUUGGAUAUUCCUACACUCGGUUCGAGGGUCCGGUGGUGGGGCCAGAGCACCUGGUCACCGUCCACGACGGACGCACCGUCGACUAUGUGGCCCGGCCCGAGUACAGCUUCGCCUAUGGCGUCGAAGAUGGCAAGACGCGCGUGCUGCAGAAUCGCAAGGAGACGCGCAUCGGCGACGAGGUGCGCGGCGUCUACAGCGUAGUCGAUCCGGAUGGCACCUUGCGUGUGGUUAAAUACACGGCUGACGAUGCGAACGGCUUCCAGGCGGAGGUGAUCACGAACGGAGUGAAAACACUACAUGGCCACGGAUCAGAUGGAGAUGGCGGAGCUGGAGGAGGAGGAGGAGGCGGUGGAGUUGUGGACAACCAGGUGCGACAUGACAGCUCCGAGGGGGAGGAGGAGGAAGAGGAGGAGGCAUCACCACAUCGGGAAAAAAAUCAGUAUCAAGUGCAUGAGGAGUACGAUGAUGGGGAAGGCGACGGCAAGGACGCAGAGAAGGACGAGGAGGGGGAGGAGGGUGAGGAGGGUGAGGGCGGAGGAGACCAUCAGGAGUACGAGGGAAGUAGCGAGGAGGGCUACGAGGAGGCAGAUGCUCACAGUCAGCAGGAGGAGAGCGGCGAGGACUACUAGGAAAUCACAUCCAGCGAGUAUAGUUUUUAUUUUGUGAUAAACUAAAAAUAAAUAUUUAGAAAUAAUCUCUUAAUUAUUUAUCCUCCACUGAAAUGUCUUUGCACAAUUCCAACACUCCAGAGCGAAAAACGCAAGAAAUCUAAAUAGAGCGCUAAUUGAAAU